CUAAUGCCACCUGCUGGAAACAGGGAGCAGCUUUGCAGGGGCCGGAGGCUGGCAGUGCGCAGGAGGCGAAAUAUUGUGUAUUACCCAUUUAAGCAACCAUGCUGRCUGCAAGGCUAGUAUGCCUGAGGACGUUACCAUGCCGGGCCAUCCGGCCUGCCAUUGUUCAGGCUUCCCCAGCUUUGAGGAACACCAAUAUAACAGCAUACAAGCUGUGGCAGCCUAGCCAGUGUUAUGCCACAAGAGUGAGAACGGGAAUAAGGCGUGGAAAAAUUGGCCAAGAAAUCAAAGAAGCUGCGUUUGAGCCAUCUGCAGAAACAGCAAUCAAAGCUGAUCGCCUGGGAAGACUAGUUGUUGCUGGAGGGGCUGCGGUUGGCCUGGGAGCUCUGUGUUACUAUGGAAUGGGCAUGUCCAGUGAGAUUGGAGCUAUUGAGAAAGCUGUCAUUUGGCCACAGUAUGUGAAAGACAGAAUUCGCUCCACCUACAUGUACUUUGCAGGCAGCAUUGGCUUGACAGCACUCUCUGCCGUAGCAGUGAGCAGGUCUCCAGCGCUCAUGAGCCUGAUGACGAGAGGCUCGUGGUUGGCAAUAGGUGCAACUUUUGCAGCUAUGAUUGGUGCUGGAAUGUUGGUCAGAUCUAUAUCCUAUGAAGAUAGUCCAGCAGCCAAGCAUCUUGCCUGGAUGAUGCACUCAGGUGUGAUGGGUGCAGUGGUGGCUCCUCUCACUUUCUUGGGAGGUCCUCUGCUGAUGAGAGCUGCCUGGUACACAGCCGGCAUCGUCGGGGGGCUCUCCACUGUGGCCAUGUGUGCCCCGAGCGAAAAGUUUCUGAACAUGGGAGGGCCCCUCGGAGUAGGCUUAGGCUUCGUUCUUGCAUCCUCAAUUGGAUCGAUGUUCUUGCCUCCUACAUCUGCUCUUGGAGCUGGUUUGUAUUCGGUGGCCGUUUAUGGGGGGCUGGUCCUCUUCGGCAUGUUCCUGCUCUAUGAUACGCAGCACGUUAUCAAGCGUGCAGAGACCCUGCCCUACUACGGAGUAGCUAAAUACGAUCCAAUCAAUGCGUGCCUGGGCAUCUACACAGAUACACUAAACAUCUUCAUUCGGGUGGCCACCAUGCUCGCCACCGGCGGAAGUGCCCGGAGGAAGUAACCAGGGCUCCUCUCAGCAACUCUCCAAUAGAUCCAACUGCUCAGUUGUCUGCCUAGUGCAUAUGCUCAAUAAAACUUGUGGCUGCAAGCAGUUUGGCUGCAGGAGUCAGAAGUUUAAAGCAUUUCGGCAAAUUACUCUUGGUUCAGUGCAAUGUUCAGACUUAAUAGUUUUUCCUUGAACACUUUCUCGGUUUCUGUUUAAAAUGGUGUGAACUGCUUCUAGUUGUACAUUAUUUCUGGAAGGUAAAUUAUUUUUAAUAUAUUGAGUAAAAUAAUUGGUGAGCUUUUUAAUAGAUUUGAAAGCAGUUUCUGUUUCCUUUUUACUGCAACUGCACAGUAAAAGGAAGUAAUCUGUAGUGGUAUCCCUUAGGCAAAUAGGGAUACAAGCUACUUAAGGAAGUGCUGUUGAGAUUAAAAAAAGAAAAAAAAUCUGCUAAGAUAGUGUAAAAUGAUCUUUGUGACACAUGACGAACUGUAAAAGUUGUAUACAGCACUAGUUGCAGUGGAAACUGCAGAAAUGCUUAAAUUACCAUUAGAAAUAUGAUCGCUUGGUUGGAUGAGGUGACCAAAAAUAAAGAGACAGGAAGACAAAGCUAUGUAGCAUCUAUUCCAUAUGAAAACUUCAGUCUCUUUCAGGAGCAUAUAUUAAAGCACUGGAAACUAAGACAAGAGUUUUCAUGUUAACUGAGUAUAGUAGUAACUAGGCUCUUCUGAUAGAAAAAACUAUGAGUCACUGAAGAGCUAUAGAGUUGUGUAUUUUUGCAGUAAUGAAAUUGCAGUAUUGCAGGUGAAGGACAGUCUUUUGGAAGAACUCCGAGUGCUCGGCUUCUCUUACCAGCUUGUACAGUUGACACUGACAGAAGCAGUUGAGGAUGUCCUGGUGUAAACGCACGUAUAAGUUUACCAUACUCUUGCAUCUUUACCUCCUUCCUUAGCUCUUCUCCAAAUUGGUAUGAUUAGCU